UUCUGGGCGGAGCGGGCCGGGGGAGGUCCGGGCCGUCGUUCCGCCCCCACCCCGCGCUGCGGCCGGGGCUCGGCCCCGCUCCGUCCCGCGGCGCAGGGAGCCGGGCAGGUGCCGGGGCCGCCGCCCGGGCCGGGGCCGCAGUCCGGGGCGCCCCUGCGCCGGCCCGCCGCCAUGGCCCGCUUCUCGGCGUUCCUCAACCCCGUCCUGGUGCUCUUCAGCUGCGACCUCUGCCUCGUGCGAGCCAAAACACGGGACUUCCCUGCCAAGAAUCUACUCUGUGCCCAGGCUGAGCAGGAGCAUGUCAUGCCAGGCAGCCCUGCUUCUGCUAGUGCUGGAGCUGAAUGAAGUAAACCUUCCAACAGACGAACAUCUGAGCAGCAGUGAAGACAGGCCACCAUCCCCUGUCAACGUGACUGUGACGCAGCUGAAGGCAAACUCUGCCACAGUCUCCUGGGACGUCCCAGAAGGAGAUGUGGUCAUCGGCUAUGCCAUCUUACAGCAGCGGCAAGAUGGACAGAUGCAGCGCUUCAUCCGGGAGGUGAACACCACCAACCGGGCCUGCGUGCUGUGGGACUUGGCGGAGGAUGCCGACUACAUCAUCCAGGUGCAGAGCAUCGGCCUGUAUGGGGAAAGCCAGGCCAGUAAGCGUGUCCACUUUCGGACCCUGAAGGAGACCGACCGCCUCCCUUCCAACAGCUCCAACCAAGGUGACAUCACCAUGGAAGGGCUGGACAAAGACAGGCAGCUGCAGACAGGAGAGAUUAUCAUCAUCGUGGCUGUGCUGCUCAUGUGGGCAGCCGUGAUUGCCCUCUUCUGCAGACAGUAUGACAUCAUCAAGGACAACGACUCCAACAACAACAAGGAAAAGACAAAGCCAUCCUCGGAGCACAGCACGCCAGAGCGACCGAGCGGAGGGCUGCUGCGGAGCAAGAAGUCUCCAUCGGUCAAUAUAAUCGAGGUAUAAGUACAGCACCAGCUCUGCAUCUGGGGUCCUGGGCAUCCUGCCAGAGCCAAGCAGGCCUUGGAAGAAGAGGCAGCACCAGGCACCCAGCCUGGAACUCUGCAUGCGAAGAUCCAUGUAUCAGAACUUACGCUUUCCCAAGGGCGCCUGUCCAGGGAUGUGCAUGGAGCCGGCUCGCAGCCGUGCAUGCAGUGCGCGGCCCCACGCAUCCCGCAUGCCUGGCCUCGCUCCCCUGCCACUGUGGAGCACAGAGCUGAGAAAGGGGGGGUGGGCCACACCAGAAGCCCAGGAGGGCGAGCCUAGGGGAGCAAAGCGGCUGGUGUGCUGGCUUGAGGGGAGGCAACAUCCCUGCACAUUGGCUUGGCCAAAGGCCUGGGGGCAACCGCGUGGCACCACAUGCCCGUCCGGCAGGCAGCCUGGGGCAGACCUUGCUCUCAGCCGCUGUGUCUGGGCUCGCAGGGCUGCCUGCGGAGGGCAGGAGCUGCUUCCCUUUCGGCCCUGAGACUGAGGGGAUAGGGCAGUGCCGGCAUUCAUCCCAGGGCUGCCAGGGAAGUCGUGGCCGGGUGGCAGGAGGGUUUGUCUCUGGGGCUGGGCCUAGCCAGCACAGCUGAAGAGUGGAUCCCUGCUAGAGGAUGGGGCUCCACUGCACUCCAUCAUUCCAUGCAGGGGUUUCAAGGCCUCUCCCUGCUGCAGGGGACAAAGACACAAACGAGCAUUAGGAGCUAGUGCUUCCACAGUGCCUGGCCAGCCUGAAGAGCAUGAAGCCAGGGCAGGGCGUGCUGGUAGGAGCCGCUCGGUGGGGUGGUGUGAGCCCCACAGAGCUAUGGGAGCAGGCAGCGCCAGGGCACAGCUGUGGCUUUGCUCUUUUGCUAGUAGAGCUCAGUCCUGGCACAUUCAGGCUGUUUGCGGGGGAGCUGCUGAACACCCUGUAGGCAGCGCGAUGCCUGUGCUACCGGGAGAAGGUAACGUGUUGAGGCCCAGCAAGGUGUCAGUGGGCUCAGCAGGACGCGUACUGCAGAGCUCAUCACUACUCUGGCAUCAACCCUAGCUUCAACGGCGUCACAUCCUGCUCCUGGCUCCUGUCUUGCUGGGGUAUGGUCACUGCUGAUGCUUGGGCUCCCGGAGCUGGUCCCGUGGCCUGCACCAGGCUGGCUGAUGCAACGGGCCUGAAUGCCCAGAGCUGGCUCGCUGUUACCUGCCCAGCCUGCCUGCUCAUGCAAGGACAACAAGAGCCGACGACCACUCUGGGGCUAGUGAAGAGGUGAUGUCUGGGCUGUGCUUGUUUGCUCCGCAGAGCCUGCAGGCAGAAGUCUCUCACGGGGUGUCUGCAGUGCUCUGUGGCUGAGGCUGAGGCUGGGCCCAGGCGUGCCCUCUUGCCCAAGGCAGGAGUGAACAAGGUGAUCGGAGGAGGCUCUCUGCUGCAGAGAUGGCAGCUGGUGCCCUGACUGGGGCUCUCCCUCCGUGCUCUGCUCUGCAGCCUGCCACUGAGCUGUGGUGCUGGCUCUGCAGCCCUGGACUCAAGCAUCACAGGAUCCAGCGUCUUCCAGGAAUAAACCUCCCAGUAAAGCACUUUCAGGACUCUUCCUUCCAGGUGCUGCUCAGCUCCUGCUGCAGGACUAGGUGGGAAAGGGACAGGAUAAGCGACUCCCUGUGGCAGGGUCUUUUCAAUAAAAGCAUCCUGGCUCAAA